CAGAGGGCUGCGUUGCUCGUAGCGCUGACCAUCUUGUCGGCUGCUUCGUCUGCGCCCGCGGCUGCUCUCGCGGCGGCUGCGACUGCGCUCACGGCGGCUGCGGCUGCCCUCGCGGCGGCUGCGGCUGCCCUCGCGGCGGCUGCGGCUGCCCUCGCGGCGGCUGCGGCUGCCCUCGCGGCGGCUGCGGCUGCCCUCGCGGCGGCUGCGGCUGCCCUCAUGGAGGCUGCGGCUCCCGUCGCGGUCCCUCUGUAAUUCCCGCUCCAGGCGAGAAAUUCGUCUUCGUUCCAGCUCCAAUUCUUGUUCCCGUCUACGCAAGUGACGGCUACGACUGCGCGUCCCCGUCCGGUUGCGUGUGCGGCUGCGCGUGCGACCGCCACUACGAGGCCGCUGAAAAGCGCUGCUACGCUUGCGCCCCGGCGGCUCUCUACUUUGACGACUUCGAGGGCGGCCACGGCUUGGGCUGUCCAUGUCGCAUGGAGGCGGGCUACGCUCUGGAGUAG